AUGGCGACGUUCACUCUUCUUGACCAGGCUGAAGAAGACAAACUUCACGCAUCCAGACUCCUUGGUAUCGAAGAACGGCCCUUCAAACGCCUGACGAAACGGCUCCUCGCGCCCACGACGCCUAUCCAUGCCUUCCUUGCUAGAAAGAGCGAUGGGUCGGAAGAGCCGCAGGAAAACGUAGCGGGUGAAACCGCAGCUCAGCAUGAACAAUUCCUCAAGGACAUCCAAAGAUUUCGCGAAGAUGUCAUUCUAGACUUUGCCGCGUUCGAAAGCAGCAUUGCGCGAAUCCAAUUCCUUCGAGCUGCCAACGAGCGAGAACGCGAACGCUAUGUCGCAGAAAAGGCCAAAAUCGAGAGAACGGCAGAGGAGGUGCGGGACAAUACGUCUACGCUCCGAGUGCAGCUGGACGAAGCCCAGAAAACCCUGGCCAUACGAAAGACCUACGACGUGCUGGCGGAUAAGAUCACGAAGAACGCCGCGUUGAAGCCACGCGACGAGCAGCACGUCAAUGUUGAGAAGCUCAAGGCCGAGAUCGAGGAAUUGGAGCGCGAGGGUCAAGAGCAUCUACAGGCGUGGGUGGAAAGAAGGGAGCAGUUGGAGAAAGUCGUCAGUGAAGGGAUGAAGUUGCGCAGGAUUAUCCGAGAUGAGAAAGAGCCUGAAAAGGACGAAGACGGUGCAGACCAGGAGCACGAAGGCGACCGGGACGACGACGAGAACAUGCUGGGCGUAGGUCGAAGAGAGGGCAUGUCCAAUGCUGGAACGCCGCGACCGGGUGAUCCAUUGACGCCACUCAUAGAUCCGCGCGGAAGUAAUGUGAUGACACCGACGACCUUGCCCGAAGGAUCGGGGCGAACACCUAGACCCGUGGAUGAGGAUGUCGAUAUGGAAGCAGGUCCAGUUGCAGGCGAAGCACGUAUUGGUGAUGAUAUGGACACCACGUAG